GUGACAGCUGCAGAAACGCUUCCUCGAUUUAAUUGUGUUUGGGAGCACAGAAUGCAGUUCGUUCAUUCAUCAUUUCCUUCGUAAAUGUACAUUUUUAACUAUCUUUCGCUUUCCUUUCAACACUAGACUGUUCUCUUUGCUGAACUUUAUCGGUUGUUUCAUGGCAAGAAAAAUCGCUGCUCUACAUUUGAACGAACGAUUCUGUGUUUAAUUCUACCUUAAGCUAGGAACUCGUGACUGCAAGCUAUCAAAGCAGAACAGAGCGAAGAGAAAAGUGCAAACAGGACGCGGUUGUUCGCAGGACUUACGGAGAUGCUGUUUGGUGCGAUAAGGGCUGAAUGUUUCGCUUGCUGCGCUCGAAUGCACGUUUGCGUUUCUGCUCGAGGAUGUGAAAAGUGUUGAAAAGCUGCAGUGAUUGGGAUGCAUUUUCCGCGUAAGAAGUGAUCAUUCUUUACUUUUCCUGUUCCCGUGAAUGUGUGAUGAGCAGCGUGAAGUGUUUUCCACAGCGCAAUGCAUGCAUGUGUGCGUGGGUGUGUGCGGGUGUGAAUGGAAAUCUCAUCUCAACCUUGGGCCAGAUCGGAGUGCAACCGCAAGCCAAUUUUCCUCCAAGUGAAACCAUCCGAAAGAUGAAGCGGUCCCGUCUUGGUGACCUUUGGAGGAGGUAAAAAUAAAGCAGCGGUUUUUGUGCAAUCAGUGGUUCUCCCUGCCGCCACACUGUGCGUGCAGAGGGAUGGAAAGUCGGAAAAGUUCGCAAUCAUGUUGCUGCUCAAGUGAUCCAAACAGAAGAACGUGAUAAUUCGUUCUGUGAAUCCUGCGAUUGAAAUUGAAGCAAAGCGAUAUCUCGCGAACGUCCCUUUAGCAUCGUUCCCGGUGGGGGUUAAGGAAAACUGCUGGAAAAAUCCAGUCUACGAAACGUGUUAAAAGUAGCGCUUAAGUUAGGUUUGGUCAUGCUAGAAAAGAGUCAUUUAAGGGUGUUUGUAUUGAGAAGCAAAUGUGCGGCAAAUAACUUCCGGAGACCGGAACGAGCCUAGGUGUUAAUGAGAAAUAUUUCACGUCACAUUCGGUGUGUGUUGGUGUAAGCAAACGAAUCUCAAAACCGUGAGCAUAGAAGCGUAAAUAAUUCAAACCAGACGAUCGGAAUGCAAGGACACCGCGCUACCAUUUUCCAUUCGACAGCAGCAGCAGAGUGUAGCGAAGUAGGCGACGAACAACACGCUUAAAACCGCGUCCCGGGAAAGCAGUAGCAAAGCAAAGGCUCCAAUAGCAACAGCAUCGUCGAUUGCUACGGAAUGAUAAAAAAAUUCAAAAAAUGCAUUAUUUGAUUAAGCACUUCCGGUUUCGGUAGACCGGCGACGUAGAACGCGGGGUGUGUUCAAUCUGCGUGUAAGGGAACCGUGGCCGUAAAGCCUCCGGCGGGUUGGGACGGGCGGGGGACGAUGGUAACGAUGACCUCGGAAGUUGAUAAAGACAAGGCAGUGACAGUAGUGAUAAGUGCACCGAAAAAGAUGAACGUUAACGGCAACGAAAAGGACAAAGAGCGCGAUCGGGAGAAGGAAAGGGAUCGGGAAAUGGCGACGGGUCACGAAGGUGGUGCCGAGGGUGAGGGUACAGUUAUUACCGUACCGGUGCUACCACAGGGCGGCCAAGGAAAUAGUAUCGGUGCGGUACCUGGCAGUGUUAGUAGUAGUACCGGUAGCACUAGUACGGCAACGGCAACAUCAACAACAACAACGACGACGGCCUCCUGUACGGUUGUUGUCGCUGCUGGUACAAGCGGAUCGUCCGGUAAACCGAGCAGCCAACCUUCCCAUGCUCAGGCAACCCAGGCGGCACUGAAUCAGGAUGCACCGAACAUUUUAGUGUAUAAGAAGAUGGAAGCGAUCGUCGAGCGGAUGCAGGGUGAGGAGGGUGGCGUUUCGGUGCGCACCAUCAAAGCCUUCAUGAGCAAAGUACCGUCCGUAUUCACUGGUGCCGAUCUGAUAGCGUGGAUCAUGAAGAAUCUCAGCAUAGACGAUGUGAACGAGGCGCUACAUUUGGCCCAUCUGCUCGCGUCUCACGGUUACCUCUUCCCGAUCGAUGAUCAUCAGCUGACGGUGAAGAACGACGGUACGUUCUACCGCUUCCAGACACCGUACUUCUGGCCCUCGAACUGCUGGGAACCGGAAAACACCGACUACGCCGUGUACCUGUGCAAGCGAACGAUGCAGAACAAGACGCGCCUCGAGCUGGCUGACUACGAGGCAGAAAACUUGGCCAAGCUGCAGAAGAUGUUUUCGCGCAAGUGGGAGUUUAUCUUCAUGCAGGCGGAAGCGCAAAGCAAGGUGGACAAAAAGCGGGACAAGCUCGAGCGGAAGGUGCUGGACUCGCAGGAGCGUGCAUUUUGGGACGUGCAUCGGCCAGUGCCGGGUUGCGUCAAUACGACCGAGGUCGACAUCAAGAAGGCGUACCGGCGCGGUGCAUCCAGCCUUGGAUCGGGUUCGUCCGGGACGGCCGGCAACAGCAAUCCGGUGGAGCAGUUGACGCGCCAGAUCAAGCUGCUAAAGUUGAAGCUCGAGCGACGCACGAUCAAAAUCUCCAAAGUGGCCGAAUCCUACACUUCAUAUUUUGAGCAAUACAAUGAGUACGAUAGCUUUCUGAACCCGCCCGAUCAACCGAACCCUUGGAUAACGGACAAUACCGAGAUGUGGGACGCCGAUCGAACUGCCAAAGACGUAUCGCUGAAGCGUGUAAAGCGGUGGGGCUUUAGCUUGCGCGAACUUUUGAACGAUCCCGUCGGUCGGGAACAGUUUUCCAAGUUUCUGGAUAAGGAAUUUAGUGGUGAAAAUCUCAAGUUCUGGGAGUCUGUACAGAGCAUGAAGGCACAACCGCAGUCCAAGGUGAAGGAUGCGGCCCAUGCUAUCUAUCUGGAGUUUCUUGCACCGGACGCACCCUGUCCGGUGAAUGUGGAUUCGAAAUCGAUGGAACUGGCACGGGAAGCGGUUAGCAGCUCGGCACCACCGAAUCGUUGGUGUUUCGAUGUGGCAGCCGCCCACGUUUAUCAUCUGAUGAAGAGUGACUCCUACUCACGCUACCUGCGCUCCGACAUGUACAAGGAGUAUCUGAACGGAUCGAAAAAGAAGAUCAAAUCCAUACCGAAUCUGUUCGGUGUGAAGCGCUAAAGUGUCGAUCGGUAUCGAUUUGUGGACGAUCGAAGAGGUCGGGAGUAAUCUUACUUCCGCAAAGCAUCGCACACAGGCGUUCGUUAUUAAAGUUUUAAUGAUCGAAACGUGAAAAAAGAGUCACUGAUAUCGUGAAUCCUCGAAUGAAUAGGCUAGAAUAGAUUAACGGGCUUGUUAUAUUUUCGUUCUGAUCGAAGACAUAUGUGUGUUCAAAGAACGAUUGUGUUUGCGCAUCGGCGAUCGCCAUAGCAGAUUGAUAAGCUAAAUAAGUAAAAACAGAGGCAAGACAUGUAAUGAAAUUAUGCCACACAUACACAUGCACACGAGACAUACACACGUUUCGUGUUUAUUGAUGCCAUUUACUGUAAACGGAAUUGCCACCAGUCAGGCGGGCAGACCGCACGAUACCAUUUAGCAACGCAAAACCAACCAAAAUGCAACCAAACUAAGGAAUUGUUGAUGAAUUUCAUCGAACAGAUAUAGCGUUUAUUUCGUACGCGCAUAGCGAAUAGAUGCGUAAAGCAUUACGAUGUAUCUCAUGUGUAGCGUAAAAGAGAAACUAGUGAAAUACUUAUAAUAUAUAAGGGGUGCAAAACAAAACUAUAGCGAAAGAUUAAAACUGUACCGGACAGAGCGGGUGGUAGAAAGAGAAUGCAAAACGAAGCGCUAGAAAGUGCAGUGAGAACGGGUAGCAAUGCCAUUAGAAUUAUACAACAGAUACAAUGCAUGUAGGUAUAAAUGGAAACGCAACAACAACAAGACAAGAGCAAAUAUUAUUAUACUAAAACACACAUAUAUAUAUUAUACAAUAUCAUAUACACACGGAUCGCUCCUCUCACACUUAUAUACCCACCCAUCCCAACCCUAUCGUGAGGCCUAUGGCUGGAGAAUAGCAGUCUGCCAGCGAUGGGUAGGAAAUGAUUGAUAACGAAAACCAUGGCACACAUAUACACACACACAUACACACUUAUAUACACAAAUAGCCUGAACUGUAAACAUUCCUAAAGGAAAGCAUUAGCACAACGGUGUGCCAUGUAGCAAGAUGUCCAGAAGGGAGAGACGAAAGGGGUUUACAGUGUGGAAACAUAAGUGAGAAGAUACUAGUACACUAGAACUGUAGCGAAUAGUAUUGAUCAAUAACAGAUAACACCGAAUCGGGAGGGUAGAAAAAAUGUUACAAUACCAUUACAAAAUCCGUUAGAACACAAGAACAGACCGUUCGUUAUUAUAAUGGAAUAAAUGAAAAUGAGAAACUGAA